UCAAACCGACAUGGCCGCGGCCUCGUGUGCCACAUGAGUUUUUCUGCAGUUUACGGUUUUCUGUGUUAAUUUGGACACGUUUAUCAACAAUAGACCUUGACGCCCGUGUCUGGAGUUACAUUGUCGUCUGAUCAUCCCGUCGUCUCAUCCACCAUGAAGCCCAAGAAGUCCAUGUCUAAAGCUGGUGGCCGGGUGGUGGGGGGCGGUCCUAAGCGGGGGCUGCUCAUCAAGGGGAAGUGGAAGGCGGUGGAGCUAGACCCCUCCCUCUUCGCCAACGAGGAGAUGGGCGGACUCGUCUGCUUCGAGGAGCUCACCGAGUACUCACUGGUGGAGACGGAACGCGCGUUCCUACCGGCAGAGAAGAGCCCUACAAAGAAGAACACGGAGAAAAAGAAGAAGAAGAAGAAGCAGAAGAAGGACACGGAAGAGGUUGUGGAGGAGGAGAAGAACGAAGUGGAGGAGGAGGGGAAGAAGAAACAGAGUAAGAAGGGGAAGAAGAGGAAGGCCAGCGCUAUGACUGAAGCGAAGGAUGAGGAAGAGAAAGCAGAGAAGGAGGAGAAGGAGGAGGGAGAAGAAGGGAUGAUGAUGAUGGAGGAGGAGGAAGAGCUGGCAGAACCCCCAGCCAAGAAGAAGAAGAAGAAGAGGCAGAAGAAGAAAAAGAAGAACGCUGCGGCAGCCAAUCAGGGCCAAGCUGAGAGCGAGACGGGUGACGCAACAGGUGACGCUGACACACCGGAGCAGAAGAGCACACCUGAGGAGGCUGGGACCGGAACAGAGCAGGACCCCCCAGGGACGAACUGCGACCCCCCAGGGAAGAAGAAGAGCCAAGCCCAGGAGAAGCAGACAGGAGAGGACAAGCCGUCUGUGACGCCUAAAAAGAAAAACAAGAACAAGAAUAAGAAGAAGAAUAAGACGACUGCGGAAGGUGCAGAACAAACAUCAGCCACUGUAGACGAGCAGACUGAGGCAUCCUCACAGAACCCUGCAGCUGAGCAGAAGAAACAGACACAGAAGAACAAGAAGAAGGAGAAGAAAAAAGCGAAGGAAGCCUCCACAGCUGCCUCCGCAACAGGGACGACGCAGCCAGAGAAGAAGAAGAAGAAAAAGCAGAAGAAGAAGGAGGUGAAGAACUGGACUAGCGCCGCCCUGGCAGCCCGUGGCGGUACUGCGGGGGCAGACGUGUCGGCGUGGAAGGAUCUGUUCGUGCCCUCGCCGGUGCUGCAGGCCCUCAGCUGCCUGGGGUUCGCCCACCCCACCCCCAUCCAAGCCCUCGCACUGCCCCCCGCCAUCAGAGACCACCUCGACGUACUGGGGGCCGCAGAGACAGGCAGUGGCAAGACUCUGUCAUUCGGCAUCCCCAUUCUCCACAACAUCCUGGAAUGGAAGCAGGCCUCCGAGACCUGGAUAGCCAAUAAGAAGGCAGAACAAGAGGCAGCAGCCAAUCAGACGGCAGAACAAGCAGCAGCAACCAAUGAGGUGGCAGAACAAGAGGGUGCAACCAAUGAGCUGGAUACUGAGGCAAAAGAAGCAGCCAAUGGGAGCGCACAGGAGGAUGAGACCCCGCCUCCAGCCAGCAACGAUGUCACUUCCUCUUCAGCGGCGGCAGCAGAGGGGAAUUCUGGGAAGGCGGAAGAAGAGACUCCUGCUGUGGAGGAAGGAGGAGAGGAAGAGGAAGCAGAGGGAGAAGAGAAACAGGAAGUAGAGGAAGAGGAGGACCAAUCAGAAGAGGAGGGGGAGGAAGAGGAGGAGCUAGAGCUACAAAGUGAAGAUGAUGAUGAUGAUGACGAGGCUGUAGACCUUGCCAGUGAAGAAGGUGGUGAAGAUGAUUCAGAUGACGAUGAUGCUGAUGACGACGAUGAGGCUGCUGUUGAUGAAGAUCGGGGGUGUAUCCAGAUCCGCAGCGUUGAGGAGGGUGACUCGCACACCAAUGAGGAGGAGAAGGAAGAGGAGGGGGAGGGGCCUAAACAGCCUCUACUGGCCCUGGUGUUGACGCCCACUAGAGAGCUGGCCGUACAAGUCAAACACCACAUAGACGCCAUCGCACAGUUCACAGGUAUCCGUACGGCCAUCGUGGUUGGUGGCAUGGCGCCCCAGAAACAGACUCGGGUGCUGAGUCGGAGACCUGAGAUCGUCAUAGCAACGCCCGGACGCCUGUGGGACCUCAUCAAGGAUGGACACCCCCAUCUCACCGACCUCCGACACCUGCGGUCGCUGGUUAUUGACGAGGCUGACCGUAUGGUGGAGAGAGGCCACUUUGCCGAGCUGGAGAACCUUCUGGAGAUGCUCAACACCUCCCAGUUCAACCCCAAACGCCAGACCUUCGUCUUCUCAGCUACCCUGACCAUGGUGCACAGCCUGCCCCUGCGUGUCAUGCAGAAGAAAUCCAAGAGGGGGCAGCAGAACCCCAACAGCAGCAACAAGCUGGAGCUGCUGAUGCAGAAAGUGGGCAUCCGGGACAAGCCCAAAGUCAUCGACCUCACACGACAACAGGCCACCGUAGAGACGCUGGUGGAGACGCGUAUCCAGUGUACCAAGGAGGAGAAGGACUUCUACCUAUACUACUUCCUCUCCCAGUACCCAGGGCGUACCAUGGUGUUUGCCAACAGCAUUGAGUGCAUCAAGAGACUCAGUAGCCUGCUGUUGAUUCUGGACCAGACGCCUCUUCCCCUACACGCAAACAUGCACCAGAAACAGAGGCUGAAGAACCUGGAACGCUUUGCAGAGAGGGAACACUGUGUGCUGUUGACUACUGAUGUGGCAGCCAGAGGGCUGGACAUCCCCAACGUACAGCACGUCAUCCACUAUCAGGUCCCGCGCACCUCUGAAACGUACGUGCACCGCAGCGGCCGAACGGCACGGGCCACCAAGCAGGGCCUCAGCUUGCUGCUGAUUGGUCCAGACGACCUGAUGAACUACAAGAAGAUCUACCGCACGCUGGGCAAGGACGAGGACCUGCCCACAUUCCCCGUACAGACGCGAUGCAUGGCAGCCAUCAAGGAGCGUGUGAAGUUGGCCUGGAGGAUUGAGAAGAUUGAGUACCACAACAGCAAACAGCGUCAUCACAACUCCUGGUUCACACAGCAGGCAGAGGCCAUGGACAUAGACCUGGACGAUGACGUACUGAUGGCGGCUGGUCGUGAUCAGGAGGCAGAUCUGGAGCAGCAGCGGUUGGUGAAGGGUCUUAAAAAACAGCUGAAGCAUCUGCUGGGCCAACCGGUCUUCAGGAACGAGAUGAAGACGCGAUACCCCACGCAGAUGGGCAAGCUGCAGCUCCCUCAACUCCCAUUGGCCACCGCAGAGACCGCCCUCACCAGCCUGGCCAAUCAGAAGACGGUCAGGAAGCAGUGGACUCGCAAGAAGCCCAAUAAGAAAUGACCAGCAAGUACUGGACACUUAAGGACAUCCAAUAAGAAAUGACCAGGAAGUACUGGACACUCAGUACGCCCAAUAAGAAAUCACCUGGAAGCAGUGGAAACACUCAAGAGGCCCAAUCAGAUCAAAGACUUUUUGUUCUGCCACCACAUACAUAUGACAUCAUGGACAACUCGAACUUUUUAUAACUUUUUUUGUUUGUUUUAAAUAGGUGGAAUGAGUUGUCCUUACAGAUGCAUGCAAAUGAUUCAUGCAUGAUGGGCUGGAUUAGUACAGUAUUGGCAGAGAGAGUAGAGAGAGAGAGGUUCCAUUGGCCCAUUGUUUCCGGGGAAAUCCCCCUUUAGGCAGACCUAAGGACUGUUCUAUUCAAUGCCAGGAGUGUUAUGACACGCCCCUUUAGGCAGACCGGAACUUGGUCAUGUUAGGAGCCCAUAGCAACCUAUUACAUUGGCAUAUCUAUAUACUUAAAGAAUCUCUGGUAUUGGUUAUUUCCAUUAUUCUACCUCCCAUCCUUGUGCCCUCGUGAUGAUGUCGAGAUGACUUCAGAAGUUUAAUUAAAUAUCUUGUCAAGCGCAGUUCAAAGGUUGACCAUUUGCAAUCAGGAUGUUGAAUGGGGAAAAGUCCCCCCAUGAGUUGUUGUGUCUAGGCCAGGGGUGGGGAACCUUUUUCAUUAGGGUAGGCCACUUCAAAUUCAUCCGAGGGCCGUGCUGUGGACACAAACCAGGAUUCCCCCUGCACUUUAGACCUAUAUUGAAGGCAGCCACCUUUUAAAACAGACCCCACCUUAACUUAAUUGUAUUGCAAAUGUAUUUUCGAAGAUUCCAUUACAAAAUGUGUCACAUUUCAUGUGAAGCUGCAUAACAUGAAAAUUACAUCGGGGGCGGAAUAAAACUGCCUCAAGGGCCGCCAACGACCCUCGAGACAUAGGUUCCCCACC